AUGGCCGCCUAUUACAGCCCAUACAACAACGGUGUAUGUACCACACAACCGUAUCCCCAGCCUCCGCCGCCUCCUGUCAUAGUCUGCCAACCCCAACCCGACCACUGUCACCAUCACCAUCACGAGCCAAAUUGCUGUGAGAGCUGCUUAGCAUGCUGCCUAUGCUGUGCAUGCUUCUCAUGGCUGUGCUCUUGCUGUUGCGAUGAUCACUAG